AUGGCAGACCACAAUGACGCUGAAAAUACUGCCAGUGGUAGUCGACUAAAAUGGGAGAAACCAGAGAAACCAGACGAAGAAACCGGCCUCUCGCGCCCACAGCACCUAACACGUACGCUUUCAACGGCUUCGAGUUCUGGAAUGUCGACCAGAGCUGGGAGAAGGGGCACUGUUGAUCCGGCUGUUACCUUGCCGAUUCAUUAUCGGAGUUUAUCAUUCGAUAUCGACGAAGUACAACAGCGCGAAGAAAUAAAAACCAAGAAUGAUGGUGUCGCUAUUGAACUGUCAAAUAUUGAAUGGCACACCCUCUCCAUCCCCUCAAUCGAAAAACACUUCCAGGUCGACAUCUCCCACGGCCUCUCACCAGAUCGAAUCCACCAACAACUUCGUCAAUACGGCAAAAACGUUCUGUCACCUUUGCCGCAUCGAUGGUUCCUACAAAUAUUCGGCUACUUCUUCAAAGGAUUCGGAAUCAUCCUGCUCAUUGGAUGUAUUUUGGUCUUUGUAUCGUGGAAACCACUCGGUGAUCCCCCCGCAGUCGCAAAUCUUGCGUUAGCGAUUGUAUUGCUAGCCGUGUUCUUCAUCCAAGCUGCUUUCAACGCGUGGCAGGAUUGGUCUUCGUCUAGGGUUAUGGCGUCUAUAACGGCCAUGUUACCUGAGAAUUGCACCGUUAUCCGCAACGAUGGGAAUCAAGUUUCUAUUCCAGCGAGUGAGAUUGUGCCGGGGGAUGUUAUUAGGAUUAAAGCUGGGAACAAGUUGCCGGCUGAUGUGAGAUUUGUGCAUGUUGAGAGUGAUGCGUGUUUUGAUCGGAGUAUACUCACUGGUGAAUCACUCCCUGUAAGCGGCACAAUCGACGCCACUGAAGAGAAUUACCUCGAAACACAGAAUAUUGGUCUUCAAGGCACGCACUGCGUAUCCGGUUCUGCAGUCGGAAUAGUAGUCUCAACAGGCGACAACACCGUGUUCGGACGAAUCGCAAAACUAGCCAGUGAACCAAAACCAGGACUGACUCUCCUCGAAAAGGAAGUAUUGCGAUUCGUCGCUCUGAUUGUGCUAAUUAUGUUGACCAUGAUUAUCGUCGUGGCUAUUGUAUGGGCGACGUGGUUACGCAAAGAUCACCCCGGAUGGAUCAAUGUGCCGACCUUGAUUGUGGAUUGUGUUAGUGUUGCUAUCGCAUUUAUCCCUGAAGGGCUACCGAUUAGUAUUACGGCCAGUUUGACGAUUACGGCGAAUAUUAUGAGGAAGAAUCAGAUAUUGUGCAAGUCGCUCAAGACGGUGGAGACGUUGGGGAGUGUGAGUGUUAUUUGUAGUGAUAAGACGGGGACACUCACUAAGAAUAAAAUGUUUGUAACUGAUUGCGCGGUUUCGACGUCCGUUUAUAACCCCAUGACUGCCCGGGACGACAUGGUGCUCAAAGGUAAAUCGACCGGCAUCCAUCAACUGCGUGCGCUAUCCGGAUUGUGCAACGCAGCCGAAUUCGACGCUGCAGCUGAUCAUCUCCCUCUCAAUGAACGACCCAUCUUCGGCGAUGCCACAGAUCAAGCCAUCCUUCGAUUCUCAGAAGUUCUUGGCUCGGUUACGGAAUUGCGGCGUUUGUGGAAAAAGACAUGGGAGCUUGCGUUCAAUAGCAAGAAUAAGUUCAUGAUUCGCACGUUUGCGGUUGCAGAAUCCAAAGGACUGGGAUUGGCGUUGUCGCCGGCAGAAAGUGUACAGUUCAAGUCUGAGGAUAUCCUGUUGACGAUCAAAGGCGCUCCUGAUAUUCUGAUUGAGAGAUGUGGGCGCAUAGUCUCUGCAGAUGGCAGUGUACAGCCCCUGGAUGCAGAGACACUACGCCAGGUCAGGAGCAUAAAAGAUGAAUGGUCCAACCAAGGCAAACGGGUGAUAUUGCUGGCUCGCAAAGUCAUUGCUGAUCAAGAUAUCACGAGCACUCCCGGCUCUCAUGAAUACGAAUCCGAGAUUAUGCGACAGGUCAGGUCCGACUUGAUUCUUGUUGGCUUAGUUGGUAUCGUGGACCCACCUCGUGAAGAGAUUCCAGAUGUGGUCAAAACGUUGAGACGUGCAGGCAUUCGCAUUUUCAUGGUAACUGGUGACUUUGGCUUGACUGCACUUGCAAUUGCGCGCCAAUGCGGGAUUAUUUCGGGCAAUAGUCGUGUCGAUGACGUUACUGCUUUGCAGAGAUAUGCCAGUGGUAGCGAUACCGUCGUUGAUAAACCGGAGCUGCAUUCCUCGGCAAUUGUCAUCAGCGGCCCUGAACUUCUCAGCCUGAACGAGACGCAAUGGGAUCAGCUCUGCAAGUACCGGGAGAUUGUAUUUGCACGUACAACACCAGAGCAAAAACUCCGCAUCGUCCGCGAAUUCCAGUCUCGUGAAGAGAUUGUCGGCAUGACCGGUGACGGUGUCAACGAUGCUCCCUCCCUCAAAGCAGCUGAUAUCGGUAUUGCCCUAGGCAGCGGAUCAGACAUUGCAAUUGAAGCAUCUGACAUGGUCCUCCUCGAUUCAUUUUCAGCAAUCGUCGAGGCCGUGCAAUACGGUCGUGUGGUCUUUGACAACCUGAAAAAGACAAUCAUCUAUCUCCUCCCCGCUGGGUCAUUCUCCGAAUUUUGGCCCGUUUUCACCAACGUCGUCUUCGGUCUGCCGCAAGUUUUGUCGUCAUUUCUGAUGAUUGUUAUUUGCUGCUUUACGGAUUGCGCGGCUGCCACCGUGUUGGCGUAUGAAAAACCAGAGGCGGAUGUCCUGUUGCGACCACCACGAAACCCGCGCAAGGAUAAACUGGUUGACUGGAGGCUGAUGUUCAAUGCGUAUGGUAUCAUUGGCGUAAUCCAGACUGUUUGCUCCUUCUCCAUGUCGUAUUGGUAUUUGCAACGCAACGGAAUACCGUUCUCGUCGCUGUGGUUCGGAUUUGGCGCUGUUCCUGAUGGUAUUGAUCAGGAUUACUACUCUGAUAAACUGAAUGAGGCGUCGUCAAUAUACUUCAUCAACCUGGUGGUCAUGCAAUGGUUCAAUCUCAUGGCUAUCCGAACUCGUCGUCUAUCCAUCUUCUCUCACCCACCAGCAUUCAACAAGCAGACCCAGAAUCUGCUACUAUUCCCUGCAAUCUUGUUUGCAUUAGGCAUUGCUGCGUUCUGGUUGUAUAUUCCUCGCUUCCAAAGCGUGCUUGGUACUACCAGUGUACCGGCCGAGCAUUACUUUCUACCCGCGGCGUUUGGACUGGGGUUGUUGAUAUUGGAUGAAGGAAGGAAAGCUGCUGUUAGACGUUGGCCGGGGGGUGUUGUUGCGAAGCUUGCCUGGUAA